UAGUUUCCGUAGCUACCAUAGUUUGUCUCGUCGUCUUCGGAGCAUUUGUCAAUGCAGAAGUCUACACAAAUGUCUGCUGCAGCACCAUAAUUUCCGUACUGACCAUAGUUGCCAUAUUGGCCAUACUGGCCAUACUGACCAUACUGACCGUAGUUGCCAUAUUGACCAUACUGACCGUAGUUUCCGUAGUUUGUGGACUCUGUAAAUUCGACGAAAGAAUCUUCAAUCACGAGCCGCGAAAGUUCCUUUUCGUCCUCAAUUUUUGGCUUUUUCUCUUCUUCCGUUCUUUGGUGGAUUUCAUCGGUGAAAUAAGUCUUCAUUACGCCCCAGAGGCCACUCAGAAGAUGCCUUCGACUUUCACAAAUACAUUCGCAGUUUUCUGUGCUCUGGAGACUGCGGGGAGGGAAUGCAGAAAAGCUUGUUGAUUCGGCGGAGAUUCCUUCUCUCUCAAGAACUCUUGGAUUUCCUUCCGGGCUGUCAGAGAGGUAUCUUUGUUGGCUUACUCCUCCCAACUCUUCGAUGAGCAUGUCAAGGCAUCCGUAGAACUUUCCGGGAGUGUGAACGAUUAAAGGCUGGGCUUUUGUUUGGCGAUGGAUGAGGGCGUUGUUUUCUCCUUUUUCGAAGAUGCAACCUUCACUCAAUCCUCUGGGCCACUGGUUGUUUCCAAACAUAGCUUGGUCGUAGUCAAGAAUGAUCUUAUCAGGAAACUGGUACAUCAGACCGGACAACACUGCUUGAUCGUCUUCAUAUGAUUCGAUAUCGAGUAGGUCCAAGAUGUUCAUAAUAUCUUCGGGAUAUCCCGCCAUGAGACCGGCGUUCAGGUAAACCUCUCCGACAUCCUCCCCAGAGCGUUCGAUUCCGGUUUGGUUGAAGGCCCGCUGGCGUUGAAAAUCCACCCAGGCGUGGAUGUUUUCAUUCUGGCUCCAAUAACAGCCCGGGCUUCCCGAAGAACAAGCGCGCUUGUUUCGUUUCUUGGUGAUUGGAUCAAAAUAAUCACCGGGAUGGGCAUGUGUCAUGGCCGAGACGCAGCACUGGCUCUCGGCAGACAUGACGACGGCGUGGGGAUUGUUUUUCGCGAGUUUUUCGAAGUAGCGAACGAAUCGAUCGAUCGCUUCGUUGGCGAGUUCGUACUCGUGCGGAAUAUUGAGUGCUACGUCACGAGCAUCUGCCACGACUACUAAUUUCCUGGGAUCAAUCACGUCGAGGAUUUCCCUCAGAACUUGGUAUUUGUCUCCAAAUCCACGGUAUUCGAGGCCUCCACCAUAUACCGUUGUGGCAAGAUGUGCGAAGUUGCUUUGUUCCAUGAAGAAAUGCAGCGGCGAUGUUGGGUUGUCCUCCAUCGAAGAGUCCGUCUCAUACAUCAAUACAUGGAUGUCACUCCUUUGCGCGGUCGCAAGCUUGGCAAAAGCAGCGAGGAAAAAGCAAAUAGAAAAUUUCAUGGUUCGAAACAAUUUCUUCCUAUAGAUUUGUCUUUGCUCCAAUGCAUAUAUAUCUGGGUUCAAAUAGUUUUCUUCGUGGGAAGAGAGUCUCUAGGACUACACGAUAAAUGCUUUGUUUCUGCGAUUUGAGUAGCAGCAGGCCGAUGUGACGCCGACUAACCUUCUUUUGAAAAAUUAUUGGCAGGUGUUACGACACCUUCAGAAUUGUUCGUCAAUGAUAAUUUCCAAGCCCAUGUUAGCGAGUAGAAGAAAACAGGGGAUUCGUCGCGGUGUUUUGUGAGCGAGUUUUGCUUCAGAUGGUAUUCGGCGAGCGAUAGCCGUCGUAUUAGCGACAACGGUUGUCACACACACAUACUUGAACAUCGGCUUGCCUCAUUUUUUCGUUGUUUUCCCCGUCGUUCCAAUCGUGCACGUGCUUAACAGGAUGGUGCGGCCUGCGUAUAGUUUUAGGGGGAAAUAAAAAGAUUAAUUUACUUCCCCCGUCUCCUGUGGUGACGAACCCAAAGUUCAAUCUUCGGAUGACAACUCGUGAAUAAUUUUUUGGAAGAGACCAUACGCUACUGCGGUGCAACACCAUCGACACCGACCCUUACAACUGUUUUUACAAGUUCAUAGAUCAGGGAUAACUUCGGAACUGAAAGAUUGGAAAAAAGGGCAUCGAGUCCGACCAUACGUUCUUCUGAACAGCCAAAUUCUACGGCUGGGUUUCGCAUUGGUCGUAUAUUACAGACUAAAUAGGAAAAAUAGUACCGUUGUCCGUGUGUCAUGGGUCGCUCACAAGUCCUCUACAAUCGAACCAAGGGCCGAGGCAGGAACCGCGCUGGAAGAGGAGGGCGGGGUCGCGGCGAUGAAGGAGGUACAAGCAACGGUGGACGCGAUGGCACCGACAAGAGACACCGCAAUCAUUGGAAACAACAGCAUUAUGCGCAUCCCAUUUCAUCGGGGAACGUUUCAAACAGCAAGAACAGUGGCGGCGAUUCCAAUCCCAAAGGAAAGGACUACGAGAACGAAUACGAAUUGCUGCUCGCGGGCCGGGACACCUUUCUGCGUAGUAAGGAUCACCAGAAUUCUUCUGCGUUCGAGGAGGAAGAAGAAAUCUACCAGUGCGCUGCGCUUGGAGCUUCGAUUUGCAUUCCGAGCAUGGCCGCUACCCUAAACUCGAUGUCGGUUUCCCACCGGCUCCGGAUGCCUCUGCAUGUUGUGGCAUCUGCCUUUCCGUCUCGGUUUAAGGCGGACCAAGUCCGUGACGAGGGGCAAAAAGAAGGGGAGGAAGAAGUGCACGCAGAUUCUGAAAACGGUGAUGCUUCAGUUGGCAAAGCAGUUGUUGUGGAGGAUGACGCUGACGAUUCGUCUGCUAAUCUCGAAGACUGGCUGGACGAUGCAUGCGGGAACACACAGGAACCACAACCACAAACAUCGAUUCCCCAUCGAACUGUUUCGCCCAAAGCUAGCGAUGGAAGUAUUCACAACAGCGACAACGGCGAUGAUGUGUCUCCCAGCGCCGCGAACCUCGGAAACGAGAAGACAGCAGAAGCGGCAGUUGACAACAAGAUAGAAGAUGGUGGAGAUGGCGACUUGGACGACUGGUUGGACAGCGUGAUAUGAAAUAAUUGAAUUUCUUUCUUCAGGCCACAAUACGGCUAUCGAUUUUAAAAAAUCUCUCAAACUCUCAAAAUGCCAUCAAAAUAAAUCGUAUGAUAUGUU